AUGGACGCCACCAGCCAGCCCUCUCCCCCACCGUCCGACAAAUCGCGGAUUCAUGUUAUAAUUGUUGGAGCUGGGUUCGCAGGCCUCGGUACUGCCAUAGAAUGUCAUCGCCAGGGUCUCUCUGUCGCAGUGUAUGAGCGAUUUCCCGCCUUGAAACCAUUGGGCGAUAUACUCUCAUUUGGAAGUAAUGGAGGCCGGAUCUUUGCGCGAUGGGGCCCGGUGGUUGACCGCAUGCUUCCUGUUAGCAUCAAUCUCCAAGACUACGGGUUUCGCAUUCACAAGUACACGGGAGAGCAUGUCCACACACAACCUUCCAUGCCUUUUAAUCGACAGGCCCCCACGAUUAAUGGACAUCGGGGAGAGCUACACCAAAUCCUAUUCAACUAUGCUCGGGACGACCUAAACAUUCCUAUUAAUCUCGGUUGCCCGGUAACUGGAUACUUCGAGAGCACCACUGGGGCAGGAAUCCAGCUCGCUUCAGGAGAAAAGAUUUAUGGAGAUGUUGUCAUUGGCUCAGACGGCGUUCGCUCCCUAGCUCGAGCCUUGGUUCUAGGUCGUGAGACAGAGCUUGAGUCUAGCGGUUAUGCUAUAUUUCGCGCUUGGUUUUCAAACGAAGAUAUCCUCGCCGAUCCCCUGACUAGACAUAUAUGUGAGAACGGAGAUACCUUCAAUGGCUGGAUUGGUCCAGAUGUACAUCUCCUGGUUUCAUCCUUAAAAAGGGGCAAGGAUGUCUGUUGGGUACUAACGCAUAAGGAUACAUCUGAAAUUAGCGAUCGCUGGUCGUUUCCAGGUAAACUUGCAGAUGUCUAUAAGGUCUUAGAAGGUUGGGACCCAAUCUGCAAGCGCAUCGUUUCGAAAACGCCCGAGUCGUCCCUGGUCGAUUGGAAACUCAUCUGGCAAGACCCAUUGCCUACCUGGAUCAGCAAACACGGGCGUAUUGCUCUUGCUGGUGACUCCGCUCAUGCAUUCCUUCCCACAUCCGCUCAGGGCGCAACACAGGCGCUAGAGGAUGGUGUCACAAUCGCGAUUUGUCUGAGCAGGGCUGGAAAAUCCAGGAUCCCCGACGCUCUACAUGCCUUCGAAAAGAUUCGGUACGAUCGUGUACGGAAGGUGCAGGAAACAGGCAAAACAACUCGGGAUAAAUGGCACAAUGCGAGUUGGGAUAACGUGAAACGCGACCCGAAAGCGAUCGAACUGCCACGAGAGGACUGGAUAUUGAAUCAUGAUGCAGAGGAGUAUGCUAACAAGAUGUGUGAGGAGAUAUUCGGUGCCAGCUCCAACAGAAGGGGCAGGGGCGAAAGCAGAAUAUGA